GCGGCGGGGCGGCCUCCUCGGAGCCGCAAAGUUUGGCUGUGGCGGCAAAUGGGCUUGGGCGGCUCCUGGGCUGGUGGCGGUGGUGACCGUAGCGGUUCCUUCUGGCCCUGUUAAUGUCGGGGCCAGGCCCGGGGAGGAUGGCGCCCUAGAGCCCGGCCUCGCUGGGGUAAGGGGCGGGAGGGAACGGGGUGGGGACCGGCCAUGUCGGAGGUGACCCGGAGCCUACUGCAGCGCUGGGGCGCCAGUUUUAGGAGAGGCGCCGACUUCGACUCUUGGGGCCAGCUGGUGGAGGCGAUAGACGAGUAUCAGAUAUUAGCAAGACAUCUACAAAAAGAGGCCCAAGCUCAACACAAUAAUUCUGAAUUCACAGAAGAACAAAAGAAAACCAUAGGCAAAAUUGCAACAUGCUUGGAAUUACGAAGUGCAGCUUUACAGUCCACACAGUCCCAAGAAGAAUUUAAACUGGAGGAUCUGAAGAAGCUAGAACCAAUCCUAAAGAAUAUUCUUACAUAUAAUAAAGAAUUCCCAUUUGAUGUUCAACCUGUCCCUUUAAGAAGAAUUUUAGCACCUGGCGAAGAAGAGAAUUUGGAAUUUGAAGAAGAUGAAGAAGAGGGUGGUGCUGGAGCAGGGUCUCCUGAUUCCUUUCCUGCUAGAGUCCCUGGUACUUUAUUACCAAGGCUGCCAUCAGAACCAGAAAUGACGUUACUCACGAUCAGAAUUGAGAAGAUCGGUCUGAAAGAUGCUGGCCAGUGCAUUGAUCCCUAUAUCACAGUUAGUGUAAAGGAUCUGAAUGGCAUAGAUUUAACUCCUGUGCAAGAUACUCCUGUGGCUUCAAGAAAAGAAGAUACGUAUGUUCAUUUUAAUGUGGACAUUGAGCUCCAGAAGCAUGUUGAAAAAUUAACCAAAGGUGCAGCUAUCUUCUUUGAAUUCAAACACUACAAGCCUAAAAAAAGGUUUACCAGUACCAAGUGCUUUGCUUUCAUGGAGAUGGAUGAAAUUAAACCUGGGCCAAUUGUAAUAGAACUAUACAAGAAACCCACUGACUUUAAAAGAAAGAAAUUGCAAUUAUUGACCAAGAAACCACUUUAUCUUCAUCUACAUCAAACUUUGCACAAGGAAUGACCCUGACAUGAAUAACCUGGAACUUCUGUGAAUUUUACCACUCACUAGAAACCAUCAUAGCUCUGUGUAGCAUAUCACCCUUCAGCAGGCAUGAAGCGAACCAUCCCUAUGCCGGUAGGCCAGAGUGAGUCCAAUGCAAAGCUGGAGCCCAGAAUUCAAAGUCCAGCCCACCACCGAAUGUGAGACUCCUUUGGGUACAGGCUGAUUGUAGGAUUUGAAACGUUUUCACUUUUCUAUUGAUUGUGCAAUUAAUAGUCUCUCUUCUGAUUUACCACUACUCCUGCCCUCCUUCCUGGAACAACUCUGUUGUGGGUAGGAUGUGCUCAUCUUCAACCUUAAUACAGCAAUAAGAAAGUGCUAGAGUUUACACAUCUGUUCACUUUGCUCCACUGUGCUCCUUUGUUUUUUGAGUUAAUGUCCAACGUUGAGCCGAUGUGGGUGGGAUAGUAUGAAACUGCUUCGAGAGGGAUUGGACCAAUUACACUGUCCGAGGUCAGUCUGGACAUGUAUAGGCUGCUCCUCAGAGAUCGCCUUGAUUCACCCUCUCAGUUUUCCUGCUCAGAGUGUGCCUCGGCCACGUCAGUGUCCGUGGGGGCGUGUUCCCAGGUUGUAGCUGGGAUUUUUCCCGAUGACCAGGCCGUUUUCUGAAAGUGAGCAUAUUUUUAGUCACUCUUCGUCUAUGUCGCAUUGCUAUAUUCUUUCUGAUAGUGAUUCUAGGGUUAACGUGGCACCAUCUCAGAAUAACUGCAGAUUUUUAGAUGGGUUUAUAAUGUCUUCUGAAUCAUGUAACCUACAAAUAACUUGAGUCAGACGCUAACGAGAUACUGCAGGAAUAACUGCUGAUUUUCUGACAACUGAUUGUGAAACCUGAAAACCUGCAUACCUCUUCUCACAGUGAUGAGUAUGCAAUAUCUGGAGAUAUUUUUUUUUUUUAACAUAGGUAGAUAGGAUUGCCAUUUAUUCCCUAUUUAGGUAUAUCAACAUUCAUCCAUAUGGAAAUAUGCAGGUCAUUAGCUUAUAAUUUGACUACAUUACUUUUGACUUAAUGGGGCAUAAAUAAAACUUCCAUAUUGCACACUAGGUGGCUGUUUGAUACACAGAAUAUUAAGGUCUGGGGUGGGCUUUCUGUGGGUUCAUGUAGAGCCCACAUAUUUAACGUUCACAGUUUUAAAUGACCUGUGCUAGCAUGAGGGGAAGGCAGUGCCAGCCAGCACCUGGCCUGUUUCUAAACUGGUAUAAUAACCCUAGUCAUACCAUUCAAUAUGUUUGCUUUUGAAAAUAGUAACCACAGUUUUCUAGCCCUUGUACUUCACGAGAUCUAGUCUUUCCUUUCAGUUGUCUAUUAGGUCGAUUCUGUUUCCGAAGAGGAUGUUGAAAACUGUAUGAGCCUCAAAGUAUUCUCAACCAAAUUUAGUCUUGUCUGUCAUCUUGGUUAGAUCAACUCCACAAUGAUUCAAUCCACAAUCAAGCAAGGGGAUGAGGAAUUUGCCUUAAAUUACUGUUGUUCACUCAGCUCUUAGACUGUGAGUUGUCAGCCCCCAGACUGUAAGCUCCUCAAGGGGCAAGAACCACAUUUUCUCCAGGUCAUGUAAAUUUUCUAAGGUGCUUGGCAGCACUCUGUACCCUGUGGAGUACUCAGUACCUUUUGUUUGAUGUUGCUGACAAGACCUAAAAAAUUAUCCCUCAAAAAACCUAUUAAAAUGUAGCAAAAUGGAUAUAUUGUUCUUUCUCUUUUCUCAGACCGUAAGACAUGUAUAGCAAAGUGAUAAUUUAUAUGAAGAAGCAUCUGCUAUUGUUCACAUAAGUAUGGUUUAUAUGAACUACAAAUGCCUUUCAUCAGUAUUAAAGAAGCUUAAAUUGAA